CAAAAAGAAAAGCCAAGAACACAUUAAUACAACAAUAUCACUUACACAAACGGGAAAUAAAGACGAAAUUAUUUGAAAAAUUUUGAGAUUGCGCAGUUGAUAAAACUCCAUUUAAUCUUGAAGGGAAGGAACAGCCGUUAUAAUUAUUUAUUAUUUCCGUUAAUUAAUCCGUUAAAUGACCGUUAAACAUGAUAACUGUCUUUAUUCAUUUGUGGAAUUGACUUGUUGCCAUAGAGACAAAAUGACGUAAUGAGUUUAAGGAAAAGGACUGAACAGACCUCGGCAAUGGCAGCUAAUUCAAUAACCGUUCAGUGGAAUGCGCAUUACUCCGCCCUUCUCCACCUGCUGAAAAAUGCAAGAAGAGAGGGUUGGUAUUGCGAUGCCACUGUUUUGUGUAAUGGGAAGUAUUAUUCAGUGCACAAGUUUGUCUUAGCAGCGUGCAGUGAUUACUUUGAAGAGAUGUUUGACAAGAUCAACGGCAAGCACCCCAUGAUUGUCAUGACAGAUAUGAAAACAGCUCGACUGGAGGCAUUGCUGUCCUACAUGUAUGAGGGGGAGGUCGACAUCAUGCAGGAGGACUUGGCUGGGUUUAUGGAAACGGCAGAAGCCUGGAAGGUCAAAGGAUUGUCCAGCUCGAGCAAUGAGCAGGAGCAGAUGGAGGGGGGGAGGAGAGUUCAGAAUAUCCUGGCCGAGAGGCACGUCCCCUUGCCAAACGUGGACCAAAUGCAGGAGUACAACAAGAGGAGAAUGAACCUGAAUAACGACUGGCAGAAGGCGAAGCGCAUGAGGUACAGCGAAAUGAUCAGGGAUCUACCCCCGAUAUCAGUCACGGAGGAGCCCCUCACGCAAAACACCUGCGGGGAAUUGGGGCACAACCCUAACAUCCCCAGUAUUGUCCCAGGCUCAGCUGUCAGCCUCAGUGCACCCAUGAAAGCUUCCAAUUCCACUGCUGAGGCCAAGAAAAAUGCUGAACCUAGCAAAAGCCCGAGUCGUGGUCAGGCGCAGCAGGGAGAGAGUAAUAAGGUUCAGCAACAAGGGUUCAGUCAGAAUUGUGUGGAUGAUGUCGCCACAGAUGUUUCGGAAGAGGAUAUCAUGGUAGUGGAUUUGAAGUUAGAACCAGGAGAAGUAGUAGAAAAUUUCAGUACAUAUCAGGCAGGCCCUUUUGCGACCAUCAGCAGAUAUACCUUUUGAUGCCCCAAGUAAUAGUGACUGUGUUCA